AUGUUCAGUCGUUAUUAUUUGUUUUUUCUAUUCGUAGGCGUGUGCAUAGCAUGGAGCGCAUCUGAUAUUGAAAUCUUCCGAAUCGUUGACUCGUUGAAAACGAUCUUGAAGAGAAAGCUUACAUUUUAUGAGUUGUUAGAAGUAUCGCCAAAGGCAUCCGUCAAGGAAAUUAAUAAAGCAUAUAGAAAGAAAAGUAUUCUUUACCAUCCUGACAAAAAUCCCAGCACGGGAGAACUCUACACUCUUUUAGGUUUAAUUGUUAAUAUCCUACGAAAUACGGAGACGCGUAAGCGCUAUGACCAUUUCUUGAAAAACGGGUUUCCACGUUGGAAAGGAACUGCUUAUUUAUACUCUAGGUACCGCCCUGGUCUUGGAGCAGUCCUUAUUUUGCUUGCAGUGUUCAUUUCAUUUGCCCACUUAAUGAUGCGCAUAUUAAGUGUGAAACGACAGAAAAAGAUGAUGCAAGAUCAUAUUGAUUUGGCUAGACAGUAUGAACAAUACUCCAACACUGCUAAAGGAUCUAAGCGUAUUGUCACGGUGCCUCAAGGAAAAAGGAUUUACACGGUGGAUUCAAUUACAGGUCAAGUGUGUAUUUUAGACCCCUCUUCAAAUAUUGAGUAUUUAGUAUCUCCAGAAGCUGUUCCUAGUGUGAAAUUUUCUGAUAUCUUACUAUAUCGGGUUCCUAAAUUCUUUUUGCAAACCCUUGUCCUUCGCUGGUUCCCAAAAAAAGACCAUCCGGAAGAAGCAGACAUAGACUCUUACAACGAAGAGGAGAAAUCAGAGACCAAAAAAGAGGUAUUAGAACAGCAAACUAAGCCUGCCGAGAAUACGGCGAAGGCAGGCAAACGUAGGGUCAAACGUCGUGCUAACAGAGUUCCUCUUCGUAAAAACGAUCAAACGACAAAUAAUUAA